AUGAUGAGUAAUGAAGAAGAGAAGAGAUGUCCGCUCUGUGCGGAGGAGAUGGAUUGGACGGACCAGCAGUUCAGGCCUUGCAAAUGCGGCUAUCAGAUUUGUGUUUGGUGUUGGCAUCACCUAAUAGACAUGGCAGAGAAAGAUGAGAUGGAGGGGCGGUGCCCUGCAUGUCGGACAAUAUAUGAAAAGGAAAAAAUUAUUUCAAUGCAAGCAAAUUGCGAAAGGACAACGACGAAAAUCUCUAGUAGGAAAGCUAAAUUACCAAAGGCCAAGCCAAAGGUUAAUGAAGUAAAGAAGGAUUUGACAAAUGUAAGAGUGAUUCAACGAAAGAUGGCGUAUGUGAUCGGACUACCUCUUAGACUAGCGGAUGAAGCUGUAUUGCUGCGGAAAGAGUAUUUUGGUCAGUAUGGGAAAGUGACUAAGGUUUCUCUCUCACGAACCGCUGGUGGGGCAAUUCAACAUUUUGUCAAUGACUCAUGCAGCGUAUACAUCACAUACUCAAAAGAAGAGGAGGCCUUACGAUGUAUUCAAUCAGUUCAUGGUUUUGUUCUGGAAGGUAGAUCUUUGAGGGCAUCAUUCGGAACUGCAAAGUAUUGCCAUGCUUGGCUGAAAAAUACGCUUUGCAACAAUCCUGCUUGUUUGUACUUGCAUGCUAUUGGGUCUGAUGAAGAUAGUUUUGGGAAAGACGAGGUCGCUGCGGUUCAUACGAGGAGUCGAGUUCAACAAAUUGUUGGUGCUACAAAUGGUAUUGUAAAGCGUUCUGGCAAUGUGUUGCCUCCUGCUGAUGUAGCCUACAAUAGUAGCAGCACUUUUACUGACAAACGUACCAUAAGAAGUGGCGAUGCAACUCAUGAUUCUCCAAGCAGCACAGGCGAUGUAACUUUUGCGCUAACCUCUGAAGAGAAGGAAGGAGCAAAUGCAGCUCCUCACAAAACUACGACUUUUCUAGAUGUUGUUGGACAGUCUAAUUGUGCUUCUCUUCAGAAGGACAGUAAUAUGCCCGAUGAUAGGAGGAUUGUGAACCUAUGUUCUGAAUUAUCUUCAGUGACGAUUAAUGGAGAUACACGAGCAGGAGAGUCAUAUUCGUUUCCUACAAUGUGUAAAAUGCCGUGUUCUAAUCAAAAUGGAAGUGGGGUGUUUGGUAAUAUUCCUGAUGACUCCGUAUUCUUAUCUGAUGAUCAGGGAUCCAAUGACAGCCAUAGGGCUUUUUUUGGUCACCUAUCAUAUCCUGCAAUUAUUUUAGAGGAUUCAAGUGGUCCGACAUUUCUUCAUGAAAAGAUUCACAGUGUGAAUGGUUUUACUGUGGACCACAAUCCUGUACAUAAUCAUGAGACGGAGGCUGCGUUACCUAUCAGAUGCGUAGAUUCUGUAUUAACCGAUUCAUGCCAGGAGACGAAGUUUCAGAAUUCUGCUAAAUCUGAUAGAAUUUACAGAAAUUCUAAUUCAUUUUCAAAUGAAGAAAUAGUUGAGCACUUGCGAAGAAUAGAUGAUGGUGACCUGAAUAAUGACAAGGAUAGUUCUACUUUAGAUGCAGUGGAAAGCAGUAUAAUUUCAAAUAUCAUGUCUAUAGGGUUGGAUUCAUGUGAAGAUUCUUUGACAAUAUCUAAAGGUCUAUCUGAAUUUCUUGAUGAAACUGAUGGGUUAGGCGGUUCAUCCUGGAGUUCUCUAAAUAGUGAUCAAUCAGGGUACUCAUUUAUUAAGCACGAGGGCUUUGCAAAUCAAAUGGCUGGGUCUGUUCUUCCAGAGCAUGGGGAUAACAAAGAGCAAUACUUUUGUAAGCCUCAGUUUCCAGUUUGUAGGUCUCAAAGUUUGGCCCCACCUGGGUUCUCGGUGCCUGCAAGGGAUCCACCUCCCGGGUUUUCAUCAAGUGGUAGAAUGGCCUCAUCUGGUGCUGGUUUGGUCAACAGUUCCACUUUCCCCAACACUUUUAUCCAAACAUCUUCAACUCGGGCCAACAGCAGCGUGGACGAAAUCGGACUUUUCGAACAUUCCUUAUCAAACUCCAACCAGAGCAAACUUGCAAAUGGGUUCAAAAGCCCGAGCAUUGAGACCAGGCCCGCCAGUAAUCACAACCCAUGCCCGGGAGCAUUCCAUGAUGAUUCUCGACUCUGGCACCUGAUGCAGCAGCCGGGACCCACACAUCAAAACUCAAAAGUUUCCCAAAUGUUCCUGUCCCAAAAUCAGCAAGAACUGAGCUAUAAAGGCCACAAGUCAACAAAUGGGUUAUCUGGGCUGGAUACUGGCAUGUAUGGAUUAUCUCACCAAGGCAACGAUCAUUCCUUCUUUAGUCAGUCAAACUUUGCAAAUGGUCACAAUAAUAUUUCCAAUAUGAACAACGGGUACAGACUUAAUAGCUUGGAUGCUGUCCAGCAUAAUAAAGGUGAGGUGGCGGGCAUGACAGAACUUCAGAGAAACGAGAGAUUAGGUGUCGGUUACUUUCAAGGGUAUGGGGGUUUGAGGUUUAAUUCAGAGGUCCUUCCACCUCCACUCGAUUCCUCUUCAGACCCACCUGCAAUUUUUGAUGGAAUUCCCAAGCUGUACAUAUCUUACUCGUGCCCGUAUGCUCAGCGAGUCUGGAUUACCCGAAACUGCAAGGGACUGCAAGACACUAUAAGAUUGGUGCCCAUAGAUCUCAAGAACAGGCCUACUUGGUAUAAGGAAAAAGUGUAUCCUGAAAACAAGGUUCCAGCACUUGAGCAUAAUAACGAAGUCAAAGGGGAAAGCCUCGACUUGAUUCAAUAUAUCGAUAGUAACUUUGACGGGCCUCCGCUUUUUCCCAAUGAUCCAGACAAAAUAGCAUUUGCUGAGGAGUUAUUCUCUUUUUCGGGCUCCUUCUACAAACGUGUAAUUACUUCUUUGAAGGAUAACAAAAUAGAUGGAGCUGGUGCAGCUUUUGAUGAAAUUGAGGCUGCUCUUUCCAAAUUCGAUGAUGGGCCUUUCUUUCUUGGCAAGUUCAGUCUGGUGGACAUAGGCUAUGUGCCUUUCAUCGAGAGGUUUCAAGCAUUCUUCUCAGAAGUGAAAAAUUAUGAUAUCACGGGGGGCAGGCCGAAAUUCGCAGUAUGGGUUGAGGAGAUGAACAAGAAUGAAGCAUACAAACAGACUAAACGAGACCCAAAGGAGCAUGUAGAGAGCUACACACGGCGUUUCUUGUCUCCCCGGUGA